ACCUACAAGAAAAAUGAGAAAAUGAGCUAUUUAUAGUUUAGGCCCAAAUUCAAUGUUCAACCAAUAAGAAAAAUGAGAAAAUGUGCUAUUUAUAGUUUAGGCCCAAAUUCCAAGGAGAUGUAUAUAGUUUUCGAAUCAUCCUUCUAGACAUGUUAACAAGUAAAAGUGUAGCAGAUGUAUGUUAGGUGGGGAAUUAAAUCUCCACAGAUAUGCGAGUUCUGCUUUGCCACAUGGAUUAAUGGAAAUUAUUGAUCCACAAUUACAGAUAGGAGGUUUUAAUGUGGAGUUUAUAGCUAUGGUUCUUGAUGAUUCGGAAGACAAGAUUGUAGCAUUCAAAGUGCUCAAUCUUGAUGUCAGAGGUGCCUCAAAGACAUUCAUGGCAGAGUGUAGAGCUUUGGGCUACAUAAGACAUAGGAAUUUGGUGAAACUUGUAAGUGUUUGUGAUAUUAUGGACUACAAAGGAAAUGAGUUCAAAGCAUUGGUGUAUUAUUUCAAAUUCAAUGGGAGUCUAGUCAAAUGGUUGCACAACAACAUGGAAGAAAGUGGAAGAUUUUAAAUGCCUUAGCAUAUUCUAGAGAUUUAAUAUUGCCUUAGAUAUUGCUCAAGGAAUUAAAUACCUUCACUUUGAUGGUGGAUCAUCUAUUGUCCAUAGAGAUUUGAAGCUCGACAACAUUCUCUUGGAUCAAGACAUGGUUGCUUGGGUUGGGGAUUUUGGAUUAGCCAA